AUGGCCACCUACAAAGUCAACGUGGCCACGGGCAGCGACCCCUUGUCGGGAACGCUGGACCCCAUCUCGCUCACCAUCGUGGGCACCCAAGGAGAGAGCCACAAGCAGCGGCUGAACCACUUUGGGAGAGACUUUGCAACCGGCGCGGUGGACCAGUACACCGUCCGGUGCCAGCAGGACCUGGGGGAGCUCAUUCUCAUCCGCCUGCACAAGGAGCGCCACUCCUUCCUCCCCAAGAAUUCCUGGUACUGCAACUACGUGCAGAUCUGCGCCCCCGACGGCCGCAUCUACCACUUCCCCGCCUACCAAUGGAUGGAUGGCUAUGAGACCCUGGCGCUCCGGGAGGCCACAGGGAAGAUAGCAGCGCAGGACACGCUCCCCAUCCUUCUGGCGCACCGGCAGGAGGAGAUCAGAGCCAAGCAGGACUUCUACCACUGGAGGGUCUUCGUUCCGGGGCUGCCCAACUACAUUCACAUCCCCAGUUACCACCCUCCCGUCCGGAGGAACCGCAACCGGCCCGAGUUUAACGGCUACAUCCCUGGAUUCCCAAUUCUCAUCAACAUUAAGGCCACCAAAUUCCUGAACUCAAAUCUCCGCUACUCCUUCGUGAAGACGGCCUCCUUCUUCUACCGCCUGGGACCCAUGGCGCUGAAGUUCAAGCUCCGCGGCCUGGUAGACUGCAAACACUCGUGGAAGAAACUGAAGGACAUCAGGAAAAUAUUCCCUGCCAACAAGACCAUCGUCUCCGAGUAUGUGGCGGACCACUGGGCAGAGGACAGCUUCUUCGGGUACCAGUACCUCAAUGGGGUCAACCCGGGUCUGCUCCGCCGCUGCACACAGAUCCCAGACAAGUUCCCCGUCACAGACGACAUGGUGGCCCCGUUCCUGGGCGAGGGAACCUGCCUGCAGGCGGAGCUGGAGAAGGGGAACAUCUACCUGGCCGACUACCGCAUCCUGGAGGGCAUCCCCUCCAUCGAGCUCAACGGCCGCAAGCAGCACCACUGCGCCCCAAUCUGCCUGCUGCACUUCGGACCCGAAGGGAACUUGAUGCCGAUCGCCAUCCAGCUCAGCCAGACCCCGGGGCCCGACUGCCCCAUCUUCCUGCCCAACGACUGCGAGUGGGACUGGCUGCUGGCCAAGACGUGGGUGCGCUACGCUGAGUUCUACAGCCACGAGGCCAUCGCCCACCUGCUGGAGACCCACCUCAUCGGCGAGGCCUUCUUCCUGGCCAUGCUGAGGCAGCUCCCCAUGUGCCACCCCCUCUACAAGCUCCUCAUCCCCCAUACCCGCUUCACCAUCCAGAUCAACAGCAUCGGACGGGCCCUCCUCCUCAAUGAGGGGGGGCUCUCGGCCAGGGGCAUGUCCCUGGGCCUGGAGGGCUUUGCUGAGGUGAUGGUGCGGGCUCUGGCCGAGAUCAGCUACGACCGACUCUACCUCCCCAACGACUUUGUGGAGCGUGGGGUCCAGGACUUGCCCGGAUAUUAUUACCGUGAUGACAGCUUGGCAGUGUGGGAUGCACUGGAGAGGUAUGUGACAGAGAUCAUCACCUUUUACUACCCGAGUGAUGCAGCUGUGGAGGGUGACUCGGAGUUGCAGUGCUGGGUGCAGGAGAUCUUCAAGGAGUGCCUGCUGGGGCGGGAGAGCUCAGGCUUUCCCACGUGCCUGCGAACGGUGCCCGAGCUGAUUCGGUAUGUCACCAUCAUCAUCUUCCUCUGCUCUGCCAAGCAUGCAGCUGUCAACACAGGGCAGCUGGAGUUCACCUCCUGGAUGCCUAAUUUUCCAUCAUCCAUGAGGAACCCACCGAUGCAGGUGAAGGGGCUGACCACGCUGGAGACCUUCCUGGACACACUGCCAGACGUGAAGACCACGUGCAUCACCCUGCUGGUGCUAUGGACGCUCUGCAAGGAGCCAGAUGACAGGCGGCCCCUGGGCCACUUCCCCGACAUCCACUUCGUGGAGGACGCGCCUCGAAGGAGCAUGGAGACCCUGCGCCAGCGGCUGGCCCAGAUCUCGCACAACAUCCGCCAGCGCAACAAGUGCCUCCGCAUCCCCUACUACUACCUGGACCCGGUGCUGAUCGAGAACAGCAUUUCCAUCUAG